UUGAAAAUUCAUACAUUUCAAACAGGCUACUGUAUGAAGAGAUCAAGGGAAUUCGGGAACAAAGACCACAUUGCAGUUCGUAUUGAUUCUCGCUUAUAGGAGCAGAGGAUCAUUAAGUAUUAGAUUUAUAUCCCUGCUUGCAAGAAUGUCAAAUUACGUGUGUUUGAGAGAAGAUAAUGUGGCGGCAUGGAAAGACUUCACUAGAAAUGCAAUUAAACUCCUCGAUCUCUACAGACAUCUAUUAGAUACAUAUGUCUUGGAUUUUUUUACAAGAGAUCUAUGGUCAAAACUUCAUCCAAGCUGGCAAGAAGUUCUUGAAACAAUAACAUCAAGAAAUUUGGCAGAUUUUUUGUCUAAUGAUAAAACUUUCAGCCAACAGAAGGUCUGGCCCCUGUCUCUUCUUGCACUACGAGCUUCAUGCAGUGCAUACACUCUCCCAAGGAAGCCAGUGACCUCAGCAGAACCAUUCACAGAGUAUAUCAAACAGCAAGGAUUCACACAAGAAACACUAGAAGCUGUUGAUAAUGAAACUGCUUCUAGUAGAGAUGGCCAGACAGAUUUAACAAUAGCAUUACAUCCUCUGCAGCAAAUAACUGUUAAUUGGGGAAUUGCAAAUAAUGAGUUAAGUGCAGCUGCUGGUCAACAUAAGCUACUGCAACAUGUGUUUCGCAGACACCUGAAGCCCAAGAAGCAGCAUGAAGUUGCCCGCUUAUCAUUAGUGGCUGGCCUUGUAGCCCGUACAACAUGUGAUGGAGUAAUGGUGGAUGUUGGGUCAGGCCAGGGUCAUCUCUCAAGACUCCUUGCAUACGGACACGAUGUGAGAGUGGUGUGCCUCGAAGCACAGGAUGAAUUUAUCAUGGGAGCAAAAAAAUUUGAUAAUCAGUUAGAGUUAGCAGCAGAGAAGAUGAAGAAGAAGUUUACCGCUCUCCCUGAAUUGCCACCUUCUCCUCGCCAUAGUGUGUGCCACCUGGAACCAGAUAUGAGUCAUGAGGCUUUUAAACAGGCUGUGACAGGAGCUUGGCCAGGAUUAGAAGGAAGGGGUGGUGUGUGUGGUCUUCUGGGGCUGCAUACUUGUGGCAACUUGGCCCCCACUAUGCUGAGAAUCUUUGCAAACAUGCCAACAUGCCAUGCUGUUAUAUCAGUUGGUUGUUGUUACAUGAAGUUGGAUACAGUUAGUGAUGAAACGGAUUACCCAGGAUAUCCCAUGAGCAAAGCAGUGCAGGCAGUUACUGGAAAUGAGCUAAGUUAUGAAGCACGUGAGGUUGCAUGCCACGCCAUUGAAAUGUAUGCAGAACGCCUAUAUUUAGGAGCUGAUAAUCUGAAGGUACACUGCUACAGAGCUGCACUAGAGGAGAUUAUCGUAAAAUAUUGGCCAGAAUUAAGUCAUGCGGGUUUGCGAUCAGUAAACCAUGCACAUGAAAUGGAAUUUCCUGUGUAUGCUAAGGCAGCCACUGCACGUCUAAAUGAUGUUAUAUUGCCAGAAGAGGAUUUAACUAGUGAAAUAACAAACCAUAACCUUUCCAGAUGGAUGCAGGUUGUGGUUUAUUACUCCAUGCGAUUGCUACUAGCACCAGUGAUAGAGUCAGUUGUUCUUAUGGACAGGCUGCUUUAUCUCUAUGAGAAAGGAGUGGAAAGCAUCCUUGUGCCAGCAUUUGACCCUCGCCUAUCUCCAAGGAACCAUGUACUUGUAGCUAUAAAACAAAAAAACAACUCUUGACAAAAUGUCAUACUUUUUACUGAUGCAUAUAUUUUGACAUAAUGCUAUUUAAAAGAUGUUUCAUAAAUAUUUUGGUUUUAUCAUAUCAACUUUAUUAAAAGAAAAAUUAUAUGAGCA